CAGCCAGCCUCUUAUCUCUUACCUACCACAUACAACUCUACACCUCCACCUUCUACAUAUACGCAAACAUGUCUUCCUACAACGGAGCCUGCCACUGCGGCGCCACCGAAUGGACCGCCACCCUCGAAAAGGACACAAGCAGCCACAUCCUCUGUCACUGCAACACCUGCAAGAUCCUCUCCGGCGGCGCCUACACCCUCAAUCAAAUCAUCCCCAAGGACUCCCUGAAGAUCACAAAGGGUGGUGAUGCCCUCAAGAACUACACUUACAAGGGUGAUUCGGGAAAGCCUGUUCACUGCUACUAUUGCCCAGAGUGCACUACUCACGUAUACCACCACCAAACCGCUCUAGGCGAGGAUAAGAUUGUCCUGCGUACUGGUCUUCUCGCCGACGGACGCAAGAACUUCGAGCCUGCUGCCGAAAUCUACGGCAAGGACCGUCUUUCCUGGGAAAAGGAGGUUGCCCACACCUUUGAGGUUCUGCCUCCUCAGUAAAGCGUAAUCCGCGCUGUUCGGGGAAAUGACUUUUUUGGGCUCUUGGGUAGAUGUAUAUUCUAUGGA